UCUUCUCAACGUCGUGUUCAAGAGUGCUUUAUGUUUUGUAACGUUAUGUAUCAGUGUCAGUCAACACAUUACUUGACAGACAACUAAAUACGCACCUUCAUAUACAGAAAGUGUUUAUGAGAGAAAAAACACACAGAAGAGAGCGCAGUAAUUGUGCGCGACAAAUUUUUCUUUAAUUGUGAAAGUAAAAAGAAUCGAAAAUUCAGUCCUCAAUGUGCCUCGCCAAUAUAUCCGGUAUUCCGGAUAAACAUUGGCAACCACCGUUCGUUUCAUUCGAAACUACAAUGGGUGAAAUAACCCUUGAAUUGUACUGGAAGCAUGCCCCUAUCACGUGUAGGAACUUCGCUGAGCUCACGAGACGUGGUUACUACAAUGGCACAAAGUUUCACAGGGUGAUACGUGAUUUUAUGAUUCAAGGUGGAGAUCCUACUGGAACUGGCAAAGGAGGAAUGUCGAUAUAUGGAGAAACUUUUGACGAUGAAAUUCAUGACGAUUUGAAACAUACAGGUGCUGGAAUAUUAUCAAUGGCCAAUUCUGGACCAGAUACAAACGGGUCGCAAUUUUUCAUAACACUGGCUCCUACUCAAUGGCUUGACGGAAAACAUACUAUAUUUGGUAGAGUUUACUCUGGCAUGACAAUAGUGAAGAGAAUUGGACUAGUUGAAACUGAUAAAAAUGAUCGACCAGUAGAUGAUGUUAAGAUUGUGAAAGGCUCUGUGAAAAACUCAUGAAUGUUUUUCGCAUAUAUAUAUAUAUAUGUAUAUAAAAUUUUUUAUAUAACAGAAAUAGU